AGUAGUAUUUAAAUCAACACUUCGCAACUGAAAAUCAAACUCGUCGUCUCUACGCACGCGGACUAACAGUUCUCCUCCCCCCUCUCUCUUUCCCCCUCUCUCUGUUUCCCUCACCCAAAAUUCAAAUCUGUAAAUCCGAAACCCUAACUCCUCCCUUCAGGUUUCUUGUUAUUUUUCGGAGAAAAUCUUAUAGCUAUCACUCGUUUGUAAAGUGGUAGUCGGAGAGGAGGAGUGUGAGGUGAACGGAAAUGGGAGAUCAACUCGAGAGAAUGGGAUCGGAGGCGUCAAUGGGGACGGAAUCGCAAAUGAAAGCGGAUUUGUGCAUGGAGAUCGAUCCUUCAUUCCGUGAGAACGUUGCCACCGCUGAGGAUUGGCGGAAAGCCCUUAACAAAGUUGUCCCCGCCGUCGUCGUCCUUAGGACCACUGCUUGCCGUGCGUUCGACACCGAGGCCGCUGGCGCCAGUUAUGCGACCGGGUUUGUUGUCGAUAAGCGCCGCGGGAUAAUUCUGACAAAUCGUCAUGUUGUUAAACCAGGGCCUGUAGUUGCUGAGGCUAUGUUUGUAAAUCGUGAGGAAAUUGCAGUCCACCCUAUAUAUAGAGAUCCAGUCCAUGAUUUUGGCUUCUUUCGCUAUAAUCCUGAUGAAGUACAGUUUCUGAGCUACGAGGAGAUUACUCUUGCUCCAGAGGCUGCAUGUGUUGGACUUGAAAUCAGAGUAGUUGGCAAUGAUAGUGGGGAGAAGGUUUCGAUAUUAGCUGGUACUCUUGCUCGAUUGGAUAGAGAUGCUCCUCAUUAUAAGAAGGAUGGCUAUAAUGACUUCAAUACAUUCUACAUGCAA